AUUUGAUUUUGACUACAACUCUAGUUUUAAUAAUACUAGGGUAGUUUUCUUUAUGGAAAUCAAACAAAAAAAACCAGUGCUCCUCAAAAAAAUGGCCACCAGAGGUCCAAGAAUCCAAGCUCUAUGGCAUCUUCCAUGGCUGGUUUUUCUUUUCUCUACAACACGUGUGUUUUGCGCUUCACCAUCAAAAGUACCAAGACUUGGGGUGCAUGGACCUUAUGGUGCAAGAAAUCACCUUGGAAAAGUUAAGGUUCAGUCUUUGGCCCCGUCGGAUCAUCAGGAGUUUAGAACUUUUUAUUACAAUCAGACACUUGAUCACUUCAAUUACAGGCCUGAAAGUUAUAAGACUUUUCAGCAUAGAUAUGUAGUGAGCUUCAAGCAUUGGAGGGGUCCCGGAACAAUGUCUCCAAUAUUUGUCUAUCUGGGUGAGGAAUCUUCUUUGAAUGACGAUCUUGGUCAUAUUGGAAUCCUCUCUGAUAAUGCAGCUCGAUUUGGUGCUUUACAAGUGUACAUAGAGCAUCGCUUCUACGGAGAAUCAAUCCCCUUUGUAUCAAGAGAGGAAGCAUUGAAAGAUGCAAACCUCCGUGGUUACUUCAGCUCUGCUCAAACUUUAGCAGAUUAUGCAGAAGUAAUCCUACACAUUAAGAAAAAACAUUCGGCCGACUCUUCCCCGGUUAUAGUUUUUGGAGGAUCAUACGGAGGAAUGCUUGCUGCUUGGUUUCGCCUGAAAUACCCUCACGUUGCGCUAGGGGCACUGGCCUCGUCUGCCCCAGUUCUUUAUUUUGAUAAUAUCACCCCUUCAAACGGAUACUAUACAGUCGUGACAAAGGAUUUCAAGGAAUCGAGUGAGAGCUGCUACAAAACCAUAAAACAGUCAUGGUUUGAAAUUGAUAAAGUUGCUGCUAAAGCAGAUGGUCUUUCUAUCCUUCAAAAGAAGUUUAAUACUUGCAAACCAUUGGAGGCUUCUACAGAGUUGAAAAACCUUUUGGACAGUUUGUUUUCAGUAGCAGCUCAAUAUGAUAGACCUCCAAGAUAUCCAGUUGACCUUGUUUGCAAAGGAAUUGAUUCAGCACCAGAAGGAAGUGAUGUACUUGACAGGAUAUUUUCUGGGAUUGUUGCUUACUUCGGAAAAAAGCCUUGCUAUAAUCUAGAUGCAUUCUUUUCAUCAGAAACACUGGAAGGCUGGACUUGGCAGACAUGUAGCGAACUUGUGAUACCGAUCGGCCGUGGUAGCAACGAUACUAUGUUUCCAGCAGAGCCAUUUGAUCUGAAGGAGUACAUUGAAGAAUGCAAAAGCGCAUUUGGAGUCCCCCCUAGGCCUCAUUGGAUAACAACUUAUUAUGGCGGUCAUCAUUUUAAAGAGGUUCUCAGGAGGUUCGGUAGCAACAUUAUCUUCUCCAAUGGCCUCCGUGACCCUUAUAGCAGUGGAGGGGUGCUGGAAAACAUAUCAGAUAGCAUAUUGGCAGUGUAUACAACUAAAGGUGCUCAUUGCAUGGACAUACUGCCGGCCACAAUUGGUGAUCCUGAUUGGGUAGUUUUGCAGAGAAACAUAGAAAUCGAGAUCAUUAACGGAUGGAUCCUGAAGUACUAUCAAGAUCUGCUUGAAAAUUCUUCAUAGAUGAUAUUUCUUCAUUGUCAAAAAUAAGAGCCUCCUUCAAUCCCCCUCCUUCCAACUGUUUUCUCUGUUAAACGCUUUUCACUUUGAAAUUGAAAUGUGAAAUUUUAUUAUUUCAACAAAAUAUUUGGAUGUCCAAAAACAAGACUCAGUUUCUUUUUCCAGUCAAGACUCAGUUUUCUUUUUCCUGUUUCAA